CAUUUACAAUCCUCCACGAUGCUUGUCAGCCUCCACCCUUCUCCCUCCCAUCUUCAGGACAAGUGUUUGGUGUCUCCCUCCUCAAUUCAACACUCUCCUUCUUGUUCAGACCAGUUGUACCAUCAUACUCGCCCCCAGUUCCGCCUCAACCUGCGAUUUCUCUCUUUGGCCUUAUCUCUCCUCCUCCUCUCCAUACUCUUGCCCGUCUGCGAGUCCCGGAGAGGUGGGGGUCCAGGUUCCGGGCCUGGAAGUUCCUCAGGUGGACAAGGAGGUCAGAGAGGAGGCGGAAACCAGAGGGGGGUUGUUAUCCCUCCUCAUUACUCUCCGGGGUCACCAGCACUUCCUCCUAUCAGCCCAAAACUGAUCAGCUCUCUCAGUAUUGCCGUCAUACUGGUGGGCAACUCCAGUGAAGUAACCCUGGGUGCAGGACUUGAAAAAGAGGAUUUCCUCCACAUUCCGUAUCCCCCUAAAGUUGAGGUCGUCACCAUGAAUGAGACGGACCCAAAGAGCAUCAUCAAUCGGAUCUGUGCACAGAUGACGAGGAACUCGCUACAAGGCGUAGUGUUCGGUGAUGACACGGAUCAGGAGGCCAUUGCUCAGAUCCUGGAUUUCAUCUCUGCUCAGACACACAUUCCCAUCCUUGGGAUCAGAGGGGGGUCCUCCAUGGUCAUGGCUGCCAAGGACGACCACUCGAUGUUUUUCCAGUUUGGCCCCUCCAUCGAGCAGCAGGCGUCCGUCAUGUUAAACAUCAUGGAGGAGUAUGACUGGUACAUCUUCUCUAUCGUCACCACAUACUACCCCGGCUACCAGGACUUUAUCAACAAGGUCCGCAGCACCAUUGAGAACAGCUUUGUGGGUUGGGAGCUAGAAGAAGUCAUCCUGCUGGACAUGUCAGUGGACGAUGGCGAUUCAAAAAUACAGAAUCAGAUGAAGAAACUGCAGAGUCCUGUCAUCCUGCUAUACUGCACCAAGGAAGAGGCAACCACUAUUUUUGAAGUGGCCCACUCUGUCGGGCUGACAGGUUAUGGCUACACCUGGAUUGUACCUUCACUGGUGGCCGGUGAUGCAGACCAUGUUCCAUCUGUCUUCCCUAUAGGGCUCAUCUCUGUGUCAUAUGACGAAUGGGACUACAACAUCGAGGCCAGGGUACGUGACGCAGUGGCUGUCAUUGCCACGGCAACCUCGACCAUGAUGUUGGACCGAGGGCCACACACCCUGCUGAAGUCCAGCUGCCUCGGGACACCUGACAAAAAGGGAUCCAGCACUGUCCACUCCAAGGAAAUCUUGAAGUAUGUCAUGAAUGUGACAUUUGAAGGUCGAAACCUGUCAUUUAGCGAAAAAGGCCACCAGAUGUUUCCCAAGCUGGUCAUAAUACUUCUCGACAAGGACAGGCAAUGGGACAGGGUUGGCAAGUGGGAAAGAGGCUCGUUGACGAUGAGGUACCAUGUGUGGCCUCGAUUUGAGUUGUACUCUGAUGUGGAGGAGCGGGAGGACCACCUGUCCAUCGUGACUCUUGAAGAGGCGCCUUUUGUCAUCGUGGAGGACGUGGAUCCACUCAGUGGAACCUGCAUGAGGAACACUGUACCGUGUCGCAAACAGCUAAAACUCACCAAUCACACAGGCGAUUCAGGAAUUUACAUCAAGCGCUGCUGCAAAGGUUUCUGUAUCGACAUCCUGAAAAAGAUUGCAAAAACUGUCAAGUUCACUUAUGACCUGUAUCUGGUGACCAACGGCAAACACGGAAAGAAGGUUAACGGGACCUGGAACGGCAUGGUUGGAGAGGUGGUGGCAAAGAACGCUCACAUGGCUGUGGGAUCACUCACCAUCAACGAAGAGAGGUCAGAGGUCAUCGACUUCUCCGUGCCGUUCAUUGAGACGGGUAUCAGUGUCAUGGUCUCCCGCAGCAAUGGCACCGUUUCCCCCUCUGCCUUUCUAGAGCCCUUCAGCGCUGAUGUCUGGGUCAUGAUGUUUGUGAUGCUGCUGAUCGUGUCGGCCGUGGCCGUCUUUGUGUUCGAGUACUUCAGCCCUGUGGGUUACAAUCGCUGUCUGGCAGAUGGACGAGAGCCUGGAGGUCCCUCCUUCACCAUCGGCAAGGCCAUCUGGCUGCUGUGGGGCCUGGUUUUCAACAACUCUGUUCCUGUGCAGAAUCCUAAAGGCACCACCAGUAAGAUCAUGGUGUCAGUGUGGGCCUUCUUCGCUGUCAUCUUUCUGGCCUCCUACACUGCCAACCUGGCAGCCUUCAUGAUCCAGGAGGAGUAUGUGGACCAGGUGUCGGGCUUGUCAGACAAAAAGUUCCAGAAGCCGAACGAGUUCUCGCCACCUUUCCGGUUUGGUACGGUGCCCAACGGGAGCACGGAGCGCAACAUCCGCAACAACUACAGAGACAUGCACGCCUACAUGACCAGCUUCCACCAGAAGAAUGUAGAUGAGGCCCUGUACAGCCUGAAGACUGGGAAAUUGGAUGCAUUCAUCUACGACGCUGCAGUGCUGAACUACAUGGCUGGCAGGGAUGAGGGCUGUAAGCUGGUAACCAUCGGGAGUGGCAAAGUGUUCGCCUCCACUGGCUACGGCAUCGCCAUCCAGAAGGACUCUGGCUGGAAACGUGCUGUGGAUUUGGCUAUCCUGAUGCUGUUUGGAGAUGGUGACAUGGAGGAGUUCGAGGCCCUGUGGCUGACAGGAAUCUGUCACAACGAGAAGAACGAGGUGAUGAGCAGCCAGCUGGACGUGGACAACAUGGCUGGGGUCUUCUACAUGCUCGGGGCUGCCAUGAUUCUGUCACUACUCACCUUCAUCUGUGAACAUUUGUUCUACUGGCAGCUGCGUUUCUGCUUCAUGGGCGUGUGUUCAGGGAAGCCCGGGUUCACAUUCUCCAUCAGCAGAGGUAUCUACAGCUGCAUCCAUGGGGUACAAAUUGAGGAAAACAAGUCAACCAUAGACUCACCCUCUUCCACCAUAAAGAAGAACAUGAACAACACCCACUCCAACAUCCUACGGUUACUCCGAACUGCUAAAGACAUGACUGCAGUCCCAGGUGUCAAUGGCUCUCCACAUGCAGCUCUAGAGUAUAGCCAUAGCAGUCGUGAAGCGGCCAUCUAUGAUAUCCAGAAGCACCGGCACAGCCUGGUGGGUCACCCAUCUGACUGUAAGUCUGCUACACCUUACCCUCCAGAGGACCCCAUGUUCAGUGACUACAUCAGCGAGGUGGAGAGGACUUUUGGCAACUUGCCCCUGAAGGACAGCAACCUGUACCAGGACCAUUACCGGCACCACCACCCGGCCUCGGCUCUGGGUAUGUCCGGCCCCCCACCCAAUAGGCCGCGUAGCUUAGGCAGCGCUAGCUCAUUGGAAGGGGGCAUGUUCGAUGGUGACAGUUUGGGGGGAGGUGUAGCACCCAUUUUUACCACACAGCCCCGUCCCUCCAUGACUCACAGGAAUACAAGUAAAUUUGACCUGAUUGCAGGCCACGCCGCUGCGGAUGCCAAUCAGGGUGGGUUCAAAGGAAGCAAUGUUUACGGCAGGUUUUCUUUCAAAGGAGGAGCAUCCAGCACAGGGCUCAUCGGGGGACAUGACAGGUACUGUGGUGGGGGUGGGGGAGGCUCAGGGGGUGACGACGGGAACAUUCGCUCCGACGCCUCGGAUAUCUCCACCCACACUGUUACCUAUGGAAACCUGGAGGGAAGCACCAAGAGGCGUAAGCAGUACAGGGACAGCCUGAAAAAGAGGCCAGCCUCUGCAAAGGUCAGACGGGAGCAGGACGAGAUAGAGCUGAAUGCCUUCAGGAAGAGACCCCACCACCACACCGUCCACCACCACUUCCCUCAUGGGCCUCUGGCACACCGCCCGGUCUCACCUCCCGUGGAGCGGAAGAGGGGAGGAGGAACGGAUAAGGUGAACCAGAACCCCUUCAUCCCAACCUUCGGUGACGACCAGUGUCUAUUACACGGUGCCAAACCGUACUACGUCAAAAAGCCACAGACGCCGCAGCAACAGCAGCAACUUCUCAACAACAGCCGAGGAGGAGGGGAAUUCCGCAGCUCCAUGGGAGCAACUUCCUAUUUGCCCGCAUCUGCCACAGCUGGGGUGAUGUCCAAUGUGGCCCCAAGAUACCCCAAAGAGCUGUGCCUGGGUGGGGUGGGAGGGCCCAUGGGGAACCACCACGGGGCCAACAAACUGCUGCCCGGAGGCAGGGACACGUUAGGUCUGGGACAGGGACAGAGACCCUUCAAUGGUGCCAACGGACAUGUCUAUGAAAAGCUCUCGAGCAUUGAGUCAGAUGUCUAAGACUGAAGUCAGAGGAAGGGAGACAUAGAGAAGAUGAAGCGGGUAAAGAAAUGAGGGGAAGAAGACCUAGGCUUAUGACUUCUCUAUAUGACUAGAAUGAAGGGUACACAGUAUGUGUGGUCUCAGUCUACAAACAGGACAGGUUUUGAACAAAACACAAAGGCUGCUGACACAAAGUUUGGCAAAGCUUAAAGUGAACAAGUUUUUAAUGAGACAAAAGGAUUCUGGUGCUGCUCCAACGUUUGAGCUAUCUGAAGGCGGGGUUAGAGGGAAUAGGAAAAGGUGAGCUCAAUUCUCCAGUCGCUGCUGUCCUCACAUGCCUAUGGUCUUUCCCUCCUUCCUGUUUGUUCACGCCAAAACAAACAUGUUGUUAAGCAACGGAUUUUACAAUCAUGAAUGAGAAAUCUACACUUCUGCAGAAGUAACAGGGUAAACUAACAAUAAUUGUAUUGAUGAUGUUAAUAAUAUUACUGAAUAUUAUUCUAGUGUUUAAUGAUGAUCAGUUUGGAUUGUUUUUUAUUACUAUCAUUAUUUCAUUUACUUAAAUAGUUAAUGUUAUAUAUUUGUAUGAUGUUAAUUCUUUCUUAGUUUACCAACAUUUCAAGAGGCCGGGCAACCAGCUUUAAUGAUAUUUGUUGGUUUCUUGUAACUUCUUUCCUAUAAAUUCUUCAUGUUUGACUUUUUUUAAACUUUUCUUACUUCUGACUGCAGUGAAGUGUAUGUAAGAGGCAUGAUAAGCUGAGUGCAUUAAAUGUACUUUUAAAUUUGUGAUUUUCUUUUCAGCUGCAGAAGCAACACCAUCAUACUGAUUUGCAGUUUUUGUUCCUAACUUUGCCAAUACCAAAAGGGUUUCUCAAUUUGCACUGGAUGUGCCUUAAAGGGACUUACACUGACUUUCUAUCCAUUUUCUUUUGAUAGGAAGAUCCUCUUGCAAUCACUCAUCUGAUUUGGGAGUAAAGAUAUAAGAGACAAUAGUCUAAUGUAGUUUUACUUUUAUCCUGUACAUGAAACUAAGUUUGCAAUGAACAAAAUAAGAGACCGUGGGCAUUAGUCCAAAACAAAUUAUACCACAACAUUCCUUUACUUUCAGCUCUGAACUCAACGGAACUAUGGGAGACUUAUUUUAUUUAAAUCAUAUAAUGAUCAUAAGCUCUUACCAUGAAACAACCAAUUUCCAAACAAUCCUAUGGCUUUAAAAAGAAACUAAAAGAUCUACCAUUACAUAGUUAUUUUUUUUUUAUUAUACCAGUAGUUAGGACAAAUUUAUUUUGUGAAAAUACAACAUAUUUAAUGUAAAAGGAAAAAAUUAAGCUCUGCAACAUUGACGUUCAUACAGAUUUUGAGGCUACCAGGCUGAAAAGGGUUAUAAAAGUCAUCUGGUUUUGUUUGAAGAUAGUAAAUGACUCUACCAGCACACCACAGGCACGCUAAUACAUUUUAAAUAAGUUAUUGUUUCUUCUCUGGAAAAUGUAGCUUUUUCCUUGCUUUAAGAUCAAAGUUGAUAAAAAGAUGACAAGCAUAUCUAAAUUGAGCUUGUUCCAUGAUAGUUUGAAAGCUGCUCUCAAUUUUUACCCUUCCUGUUAUCUGCUUUAAGUGGCCCUCUUACUCGUAUUCACAAUUCAGUGAACCACAUGCAUAGGAAAUGCACUUUUCUUAGAUUACUUCUUAGAUCUCCAUCUACAUAGUGAUUUUACUGAUUGGAAAAGAUAAGCCAUCUGGCAAGGUCCACAAAAAAUUACAUUUCAAUAUGUCUUCUGUUAAAUAUUCCAUUAAUACACACUAGUCAGAAUUUUGGCAAAAUCUGGCAGACAACAUUGUUUUGUUUGGAUAGUAAAAUCUUUAAAAUGUUUGUUAUCCACUUUGUUUAUUUAGUAUUUUCCAAUGAAACAAGCUUGGGCAGCGGGUCUAUCUAUAUUAAAGUUUACAAUAUAUACGCCGGGACCAGUUUGUGGCUGCAGCAAUCUCAGGAGAGACUCCAAGACUUUCCCCUCCCCAGACAGCACCUCCAGCUCUGCUGGGAGACAUGUAUUCCCAGGUCAACCAAGGAACAUAGUCUUUCCAUUUUUUCCUAGGCUGUCCCCUGGGCCUCCUCCCGGUAACACCUCCGAAAAGAAGGUGUCCAGGGGGCAUCCAGAAUUGAUGUCAAAGCCAUCUCUGCUGACCUCUCUGGAGAAGCAGCUCUACUCAGAGCCUCUCCCUUUUAAAAAAAGCUGUUUUAUUUUUGCCCUGGAAGGGUUAUUACCACUGUCCUCCCUUGAUCCUUUGCACUUAUCCUCUAUAUGCAUGCCAUGGCCGGUUGCUGUCUAUCCCUGUUCUCUCUCCCUGGUGGGCUUCUCCGAUGCACAGCUGUCCUUAUCUUGGCCAGCCGCAACCUCUUUCCCACCUUCAGUCCUUGGCUUGCCUUGCAGGCUUCUCCAUUCUACCAUUGUCCUUCUUCAAGCUCCUGCUGUUGUUCUAUAGAUCCAGAAGGGGGCACAGCUGGCCACCUCGUUCCGUUUCUGGUGUGCUCUCUGCAGAUAUUCUAGCACAGAUUUCCCAUUGCUCCUUUCUGAGCUCCUGAAUGCCAUCUCACCCUACCUCUUUUGUCAGGGUGUUCGGUCCCUCAAUGCAGGAGGAACCGGGUCAUGGAUCGGCAGAAGUACCACUGAAAGCAGAGGAGGUGGUGGUAUUCAUUUCUAUUAAGUUAAACAAUCCAAAAAAAAUAAAAAAUCCAAGACACAGUCAAUAUGUUUUCAUGAAGUUUAGGGAGGAUUUUCUGAAGCUUUAAAUAAGUGCAAGAAAUACCUGAAUUACUAUUCAAACAGUAUAUGAGCAAAUCUCAGAAAUUAGCUCAACUAGCCAUAUAGCUGCUCUGACAAUUGUCACGCUAAUCAAAUAGCAAACAUCAGCAAAAAUAUAAGGGUAACAUCUUAUGUGCACAGUUAGUAUUCUUGCUAAACAUGUAUAUAAAUGUGAAAUCACAACCCAACAGCUGUAGUGGGUGACAAAAUGGCGGGUACUCUUCCUGUUCCUUUUAAGGUUGCUGCAGACUAAAUCAAUCACAUGACUGAGUAAGCAGCAACACUGACAGAUCAAUCACUUUUUCGACUUCAAAAAGUAAAGAAAGAACUGUAAGUCGAUCUGUAAAGUCCCCAACCGCCAUGCUGAUGUGAAACUAACCACCAGCUAGAUAACAUAGUGGAGACUCUCGAAAAUCCCCCCAUUUAAAUUCGCCAGCCAUGAUUUAACUGGUGCUUUCGCUGGCCUUAAAAAUUGUUUCACUGGCCAGGCAAAUUUCAAGGUGAGCAAAAGUGCUCCAGUACUCCAUUAGAAUGAAAGAGCCAUUUAUGCCGCCAUUAACUUAGGCCCCGUCCACACGAAGUCAAAACGAACACGAAACGCUAAUAUUUUCCAGAACGUUUGUCGUAAAGACGGAGAUGUAUAAUAAAUGUGAUCGUCCACACGAAUGCAUGAAA